UACGACCCGAUUCCUAUUGUUGCACUUGACUUUUUGCACAGUUGUAAAUAUUAGCUCGUAGCUAAAGAUUUGCAGAAAGUUGUGUUGUUUCCUAUAGCUAUAACAGUAGGCUACUAGCUGUAAAAUAUUGAACCCAAGCUAAUUGGUAAUGGAGGGCUGUUUGGGAGUUAACCGUUGGUUUCUUGCAAACUCUGACAUGAUUUUCAAUGACACGUUGAGUACAUAUAUAGAGUCGAAGAUAUUUGGUGAUCGAGGUCGACAUCGUUCUCCCUCACCUCAUGGACGUGACCGCGUGUGUGCAUGUAAUCCACCCCUAUGCAGUGAACAAGCUACCCCAUAGCUACCCCAGUGGAAAAAAUCCUGCCACCACCACUGCUGAUCCUGUUGAUGUCCCAUUCAGACAGCUCACUUUGACUCCACUUGUCCACAUUGACUGUCCCCGACCUGUUACAAUGGAACACUAAGAACUCAUCGUAAAGAACCCUGAACUCAUCGGAAAGAACCCUGAACUCAUCGGAAAGAACCGACAUCACACAUCUCCAUGUAACUGUGUUACGACUGGAAAGGUGAUAGUAACUGGAACUGAUACUAUCUCGCACUACGUCAUGUGUCUGGCCAGACUUGCAUAGGCCUUCUCAAAUGUACAUCUCUAGCAUUACUAUCUUUUCAUCUGGUGUGAUUAAUGUUAGUCUCUAAUAGAAUGUACAAUGUUGCUAGCCUACCGUGGAUCAAUGGAAAGCAUUGAUGUGUUCUCAAGCUUUGAGGAUGACUUGAAGCAUGCUGACCUGCUUCUGAUAGUAUAUCUUAUCUGCAUAACAAAAUAAUAUCAGAGGAAGAGACAUGGCUGUAGUUUUGAAACAGUUAAAUGUCAGAUGAUUUACAAAUUAGUGCCUCUGGCAUCAUGAUCCCCCUACCUGUUUUCUUCUCACUUGAUUUGGAGCCUGUCUCGCUGUGUUGUUGUGUCUGGCUACUUCUGACCUGGGCUGUAGCAGUGCUUUACCAAUGCAUUGCACAAAAUCCAGGGGCGUUCCAGAGCUUUUUUCUGGUGCCAGUGGAGUGGUUUGUUUGAGUUUCCACAAACUGGACAUUUUUAUCUGUCAAACAUUGAAUGUGAGAAAAAUUACAAAUGUGUCUUUAUAGUGGGUAGGCUACAUGAUUAUACAGAAUGAACAAACUUAGUCUUUUUAUUGUCUCAAAUCUUAAUAAUAUGAUCAUUAUUGCUGCAUUCUUGUGAAUUCUUUGUCUAAUUACCAUAGCGACACCUAUUCAUUUAAAGUUCCUUGGUAUUGCUAUGGUAAUUGGACAAAGUAAAGAAUUUGGAAUUCACAAUGUAGAAAUACUGAUUCUAUUCUUAGCAUUUCAAGACAUUAGACUCAAAAUAGAAUACAACAAAUCUAAAUGAUUGGACUUAUAGGAAAGACAUAAAAUAAAGAUAAAGUUAGAAUAAUUUUUUAACAUUUAUUUAAUAAAUAAAUGUUAACUGUUUGUUUAUUUAAAUCCAUUACUCAAGAACUGUUCCAAGUUUUACACAAUGACAACUGCCAUUGAAAAUCUUCUUGAAAAUGAAAGUUUGUAUGUCCUUGUUUGAAAUGCUACAGUAAGAUUUCAAGCAUGUACUGUACACAUUCGGUGAAGUGGUUUCACAUCCUGGCUAUAAUAAAGUUGGGGGUUUUGACUCUUGUAACCACACAGGAAGAAUAAUUUGAUCUUGCCCAUAUUUGUGCUUCAACACGUGGUUAUGAGAAUGACCAAUUCUGCUUCUGCCUGUAUAUAUUACAUACCAUGGUUGUGUGCGACUACAGCAGACCAUAUCCUCAUAUAGAAGUCAGGGGAAGUUAUAACUAGUUUGUCAUUCAGGUCUUGUCCAACUGAUGGACUGCAAGCACGAGCUUAAGUGAAUGUUAAUAGCCUGCAUACCCCAUACAUCCCAUCCUAAAAUGAACAGCACAGUGUCUCCGUCCGUGUUGCCUCUGGACAACAGAAGUCUCUCUGAGUCCUGUACAGUGGAACCCCAACAUGUGUCCAUCACUGUUUUCCUCCUCCUGGUUGUCCUGGUUGGUUUCUUCCUCAACAGUUUCAGUCUGUGGGUCUUCUGCUGCCGUAUACCGCAGUGGAGCUCUGGUACUGUCCUGCAGUUUCAUUUGGCUGUCAGUGACACUGUUAUCACACCAGUUGCACCAUUAAUGGCAACAUACUUUGUUAUGGGUAGCCACUGGCCGUUUGGAGCUUUUCUGUGCAAGCUGAAGAUUGCCUUGCUGAGCAUUCACUUCUAUGGCAGUAUCAUGUUCCUAACACUCAUCAGCAUUCAUCGAUACGUGGCAGUUGUCCAGUUUAAAAGGGGCUCCUGUAUGAAACGAAAGGCGUUUGUUCAGAAUCUGUGUGCUGGAGUCUGGCUGGUUUUGCUGGCUAAGGGGAUUGCCUGUUUCUUCUCAUUAAACACAAGCCCAAUGGGAAACCGCACACAAUGUCUCAGCAUUCAUCAGGAAAAAUACAUUGACGUCUACUUCGCCAUCAACUUCGUUAUGCUCAUCCCUGGGUUCCUGCUGCCUCUCUCAGUAGCAGUGACCUGCUAUGUUCAGCUAGCAAGAUCAAUGUCUCGCAUGAAUAUCAACAUGUCCAAGGGCCGUGAUAUAAAGGCCAAGUCACGUAAAAUGKUGGCCAUGUGUCUGGUGAUAUUUGCACUGUGCUUCACGCCUCUGAACGUGAUACGAACUGUGGCUGUCAUAUUAAAAAAGUACUUUCCAGAACAAUGCAGUCUUCUCCUGCAGGUGGAGACUGCAUACUAUGUCUCCUGGAUUUUGGCUGGAGCAAACUGCUGCCUGGACCCAUUGCUUUAUUGUUUUGGAUCACACAACUUUGUCAAGGCUAUUCAUAGGUCUCUCAGAAAAUUUGAUGUCAAGUUUAAAAAAGACCCGGCCACAAAUGACCAGAUCAUCUAUGAUACUGCUAUUGAUUCUCCCUCCAUUGUCUUAGAAGACAUCCACACCCAGCAUUCGAACACGUCUUGAAUAAGGAACCUCAUAGUAGUAUAAUCACAUUGGCUUAUUGUUUAUUGUGUUUGCUCAGUGUCUUUUUCUUUUUUACAUAAAUAGUAUCUAUAACAUUGACAUGGGACCUGUGAAGAAAGAAUGUACAGGUAAGUGCCAAAAUAAAGGAAACACUUGAGUAAACGAGGGAUACAAAGUAUAUUGAAAGCAGGUGCUUCCACACAGAUGUGGUUGCUGAGUUAAUUAGGCAAUUAACAUCUCAUCAUGCUUAGGGUCAUGUAUAGAAAUGCCCAUUUGCCUAUUAUUUUGGCUACAAUGGCUAGUCAGUCAGUCACCAGAUCUCAACCCAAUUGAACACUUAUGGGAGAUUCUGGAGCAGAACCUGAGACAGACUUUUCCACCACCAUCAAACAAACACCAAAUUAUGGAAUUUCUCGUUGAAGAAUAGUGUCGCAUCCUUUCAAUAGAGUUCCAGACACUUGUAGACUAUAUGACAAGGCACAUUGAAGCUAUUCUGUUGGCCCGUGGUGUCCCAACRCCCUAUUAAGACACUUUAUGUUCGUGUUUCCUUUAUUUUGAAAGUUACCUGAGAGUGAUCAUAAAUGUAUUAUUUUAUUGAUGUGUUAUAAUAAAAUUAGAUACUGUCAUAUGGCAUACUGUAAUUGUAAAGCAAAACAUGCUCUGUUUUAAACUCAUUCAAUUGUAUAUUGUAUGCAUUUUAAAAGGAAGAUCUUUUCCACAGUCUUCAUUUGUAAUAAGUCAAUUUUAGUCAGUUAUACUGUAUGGUUUUGUUUAAAGUACUUUUUUUGUGGCUUGAUGAUUGCGUUGCUGAUGAAGAAAAAAUCUUGUCAUUACUUUCCCCGCAUCAUGCAGGAAGUCACUAGAGGUGUUGUGAGAAGAGGCGCUCACACUGUCCCAUUCUGAGAGCAGCAAGUGUGACUGAUGUAAUGCUUUACAAGGCUUGGUAAGGUCUCUCUUCUCAUGGGUUUAUAAUAGCAGGUUGUCUCUGACAAAGGCAGAUGGUAGAGAGAUACACAUAUUUACUUACUAUUAACAAUAUACAGUUAUAAAUUGAGAAUUGCAGUCUUGAUCUUAAUAUCAUGGUUCAUAAAUGUUUAGUUUUAUUCUACCUUUACUCACAUUUCAGAUGUUUUUGUUUAAAUCCAGAUCUGUACCUGAGUUUGUGAACUGGAUAUUCUUAGACAAUCUUACCAUUGUGAGAUAUAAUUGUUGAGAGGCAGUGCAAGACAAUGUGGCAACACAGGAAAAGUUAAAUGCAAUAGCAUCCUUUGACAUCACUCUAUGAAGUGUUGCAAGAUACAAUAAAAUGGUUUAAAUGCAUGAAAAUGAGAAACAACAUUUUGAUAUAUUUUUGGGGGUAAUAAUUUCCCCAUCCUAAAUAUUACUUUUCAUAAAUUUGUCCUUCAAAGGUGUUUUAAGAAUGUCUACUUCCACUACAUCAAUUUCUU